AUGUCAGCUCGACUCGAAUUUAUAGUGCUCAAUACUGGCGCAGCAACAACCUUCCGAAGACCAGGAUGCGAGGAAACCACGCCAGACAUCACACUAGCAUCAGAAGGCAUAGCAGGCACCAUAAAGGAAUGGAAAGUAUUGGAAGAUUACACUGGUAGCGAUCACCAAUACAUCUCUUUUAUAAUAGACUCCAAAAACGAUGGUUUACGAAAGAAGAUGCAAUGUAGCACUCGCAAAUGGAAUGUCUCGAAAUUAAAUAGUGAAGCACUAUCUGAAAUAGAUGCGCAUGGCUCAGAAGAAUCCUCUUACAAUAACGCAAUGGAAAUAGUAGAGACUACAAUGAAAAUGAUCUCCAGAGCCUGUACCAAAGCGAUGCCGACAACUGGAAGCAAUCGACACAAAACACCUGCAUAUUGGUGGACGGAAAACAUAGCUCAACUAAGACGAACGUGCUUCCACCUGAGGCGUACUUACACCAGGGCCAGGCGUAGAAGCGCUGCAGUUGAAGAGGCACAACUAUACCAAGCUGCUAGAAAAGAACUCAAACGAGCAAUAGAGGCCAGCAAGGACAGAAAGUGGAAAGAACUGUGUGAGGAUAUAAACAGAAAUCCCUGGGGUCUCGGAUACAAGGUGGCAAUGAAAAAACUUGGGGCCAUGGCAAAACCACCAGAGCUUAGCGCUCAAAAAAUUGACUAUAUAGUAAGCGAACUCUUUCCCACGCAUGAGGCAUUAACCCAAGAAAUGGAGCCUAUCAUCGCUCCUCAAGAAAUACCACCAUUUACCGCAGAAGAGCUCAAGUCCGCCACUAAUAAAGGCCAAGAAAAAGUACAUGAACCGAAGUUGAAUGUUGCCGUGCUUGGACUGUGCUCUAAUCCAUAG